GACAACAUGUUGUCAUGGAACGAGCGCAAAUCGCUUGUGCGACGCCUGAAUCCUCAGGCUUGAUCCAGGCCAGCCUUCCCCAUAUGCGCAACAAGCUAUUAAAUAGAGGAAAUAACACACAGUGACAUUAACCUACACCACAAACACAUGCAUCAAUAAAGCACACAAGCAUAGGAAGGUUGCUUCAUAUAGAACUUGCUGUGUAGGGACAUCGGGAAAACUGUCAGCACGUGACAACAUGCUGACAGUUUUCCCGAUGUCAUAUAAAAUCCAAAAAGUGCGAAUUAUUUUCAAACUUAUGUCAUGUUAUAUUUUUCGUUGAUUGUCAUAAUGCUCCCGGUGUAUAAUAUAACAAUUGACUAGUACAAUUUUUUGCUUAAUUUAGUAGCGAAGUGUGAUCUCGUACCCCUCUUCAGUGUAGGUCUACAACAUUAUUAAAAUGGCCACAAUUUCCCUAGCAACAGGGCAUUGUGCAAAAGGAAGAUCAGUUGAUUCUGAAUCAAUUUAUGAAAAUAAGUCGAAGUCAUAUUUUGGCAAUGGUAAGAAGGUUCUUGCUAAUGAUUUUCUUGAAGGUAAAAUCAUGAGCUUAAAUAUGUGUGUAUUAAGGCCCUUAGAAUGCUCUAACUAUAAGAAUAGCAGAAAAAGGCUCAACAUUAUUGCUAAACUUAAGAAAGGGAAGAAGCAUGACUACCCGUGGCCAGAUGAUAUCGAUCCUAAUUUAUCGAGUGGGCAUUUGAGAUACCUCUCUCACUUUAAGCCUUUGGAAGAUAAACCAAAGCUUGUGACACUUUCAUUUGAGAAACCAUUGGUUGAUCUCGAGCAAAAGAUCAUCGAGGUUCGUCGAAUGGCAUAUGAAACUGGUCUAGAUUACAGUGAUCAAAUUAGUGCUUUGGAGCUCAAAUAUCAGCAGGCUAUAAAAGAUCUGUACACCCAUUUGACACCGAUUCAACGUUUAGACAUUGCUAGACAUCCCAACAGGCCAACUGUCCUUGAUCAUGUUCUGAACAUCACAGAAAAGUGGGUGGAACUCCAUGGAGAUCGUGCAGGCUAUGAUGAUCCAGCUAUUGUAACUGGUAUAGGGAGCAUCGAUGGUAGAAGCUAUCUGAUCAUCGGCCAUCAGAAGGGAAGAAACACAAAGGAAAACAUUUAUCGAAACUUCGCUAUGCCAACUCCUCAUGGGUACAGGAAGGCUUUGCGCAUGAUGAAGUAUGCCGACCAUCAUGGUUUUCCCAUAAUUACACUUAUUGACUCACCAGGAGCUUAUGCUGAUCUCAAAUCUGAGGAACUCGGUCAAGGUGAAGCUAUAGCUCGAAAUGUAUGGUCCAUGUUUGGAUUGAGAGUUCCUAUCAUCACAAUUGUAACUGGUGAAGGUGGUUCUGGAGGAGCUGUGGCUAUCGGCUGCUGCAACAAAUUUUUUAUGCUUGAGAACUCUGUUUGUUAUGUUGCUAGUCCUGAAGCAUGUGCUGCAAUAUUAUGGAACUCAUCCCAAGCAGCCCCAAAGGCUGCUGAAAAACUGAGGAUAACAGCUCAACAACACCUCCGGCUAAAAAUUGCUGAUGCUAUCAUUCCUGAGCCGCUUGGAGGAGCACAAUCUGAUCCUAUAUGGACAUCUCAGCAGAUAAAGACCGCCAUUUUACAAGCCAUGGAGGAACUAGGUAGGAUGAGUAAAGAAGAGCUGCUUCAACAGCGUAUGCUCAAGUACCGUCAUAUUGGUGGGUUUCAAGAAGGCAUCCCGAUUGAUCCAAAUAAGAAAUGGAAGAUGAAACCUUCAGAUAUUAAUAUGUCAGAAUCUGCUGAUAUAGAGACUGAACUUGAGAACUUCAAGAAGAUGAUUCUAGAAGCGAAGGGAUCAAAUGAGCAAACAAACCAAACAAUGGAAAAGAUACAGGAGGAUGUUGACAAAGAGAUCACAAAAGCGUUCAUAUCCAUGGGCUUACAAGGGGAACUUGAAUCACUCAAGUUAGAGCUAGCUAUAUCCUCAAACCCGCUUUUGAGCAUUGCUCUGAGGGAAAAAGCAGAUAGACUAAUGCAGGAAUUCAGGCUUAAAUUGUCCAAACCAGGUGAGUUUAUGGGGCUAAAAGAGAAGCUAGCUAAAUUUGCAAUGCUAAACAGGCUCAUAGAGAUCAAGACAAAAGGUGACAAGAUAAAAGCGGAGAUCAAUCAAAAAGUACCAACAAAGGUAAAAGAGAAGUUGUUGCUACUAAAGUCUGCUGAAGAGAAAUUACUGCAAGGCAAAGAAAUAGAUAAGGAAACAGUAGAAGGUGUAGAGACUACAAUAAAAGAGCUCGAAGAGGUCUUGAAGUCGUCUAACUUAAAGAUUGUGGGUACGACAAAGAGGGUUGAAAGAAGUUCUCUUCCUGAUAUGAACAAGAAGCUAUCAGUGUUGAACAAUGAGAUGAAUGGAGAAAUCGAAAGGGCUAUAGACAAGGCAGGCCUUAGGGAGAAAAUAGAGGAACUGAAGACGGAGAUUGCAGAAAACUCAAGCGUGGAAAAGGUAACAAGACUACAGGAUGAGAUAAAGGCGAAAAUUGCUGCUGUUAUGAAAGCUGAAUUUCUGAAAGGGAAAGUAGAUGAUCUGAAAGAUGAGUUGGUGUCUCCUACAGAGGUAAUUCUGCUAGGUAAGCUUGGUGCUGAAAAUGGAAGAUCAUAAUCAGAUUUGGAGUGCAGAUCUUAAACCUAUGAGAUUGUAUAUAUAUACAUAUCAAAGCUUUUCAUAGCUAAGAUUGAAAUAAGCAUAUUUUUGGACAGUCCAAGGAUAAUAUUGGAAUAUAGAACAACCAACGUACAACGAUAUACUAUAUCCAUAUAAGAUAAAGGAAUACUCUCUCCGUUUUUUUAAUAGUUGUUUCCCUUUGAUCA